AUGACUCUCUCCACUAUUAUUCCCCAUGCCUUGCUCGAAGACCAAAAUCAAGCAAAAGCAUGGCAAGGCGUCGACUACCUCAAAUCUUUCACAUGCAAAUGCCAAAGAGGACCUUUUGCAGUGUUCACAUCAGUGAACCAUGAUCAUCGCAAGUUUUUCCAUCCACAGAUGCUUGUGAUUAGGUACAUCGACCAGCCUUACAAGACACCUUUCAACUGUCAGCUUUCAGAUGGCAAGGUGACAUGUACUCAGUGUGGCCUUGAGAUUCAGCUAUUCAAGAAACUUCUACACAUAAAGAAACAUACCACCAGCCAUUAUCCAUCUCUUCAAGGACAGGGUGCCGUUCAUGAGGAGCUUGCUUCAAAAUAUGUGGUUUUCGAUGCAACUAGCCAGCCUUCUGUUGUUUCCAUCAGUGAACUCACAACUUCUGCCAUUAAAUGUGCUGCUGUUUCUGUCAAUGAUGCUGAUGCCGAUGUUGCUGCUUCCACUGUCAUUGAAUGUGGUCCCACUUCUGUUGAUGAUGCCAACACUGACAUUGCCCCUUCCAUUCUUGAUGCCCAUGCUACCGCUUCCAUUUUUGACAUUGACGCUGCUGCUGCUUCUGGUGCUGAUGCUGUCAUUGGUGAGAUUUCCAUCGCUGACAUUAGUCUCAAUGCUACUGUAUCCCAUGACACCAUCACCAUGACUCACUGGCCUGUUGCUACAAGCCUCAUCACCACCAUCACCCCCCAUGCUGUCCUUCGACACCAUGUCACAACUGCAUCUAGUGCACUCCAGAUACCCCAGAAUUGCCAUGUCUUGAAUAUUGCCUCAGAAAAUUGA